AUGCCAUUUCAGAACGAUGAUUGUAAUUCUGAAAUUAAGGUGUAUGUUGUGGCAGUUAUGCAUUGGUUAUCUGAAUUUCCCAAUUCCCCAAUAACACCAGAAUGUUCAUUAGAAGAAUUCAUUCAACCUACUAAAUUAUUUGAGAUAUUUCAACUCUUAUUUUCAAAAGAAGAAUCGAGCGGUUAUUUGACAAAUUGUUUUAUUGCAAACAAAGAUAUUCAAAGUGACAUAGAAUCGAUAUAUAUUUCUCAAAUCACUUUGAAACAAAUUGAAAUUUUAACUGAUAUUUUGGAUCGUCAUUUGCGAUCUCGAAUAACGUUAAAUACCUUUCCGUAUCUAAAUCUUUACAAGCUUAUAAUGUUCAAUGACUACGCUGAGUUGAAAAAAUUGUGUCAAAUUUUAUUCAGAAUUGGCACUUUUACAUCAAUUUUGUCAGCAAAUGGACUUGCAUAUUUUGAAUUUUUGACUGAUAACGACAAACAGGUAAUCAACCAAUUCAAAGAACCGUUGAUCAAAACAAAGAAAAACAAAUAUCCAGGGUUACGAGAAAAAUCAAUGCCUCCAGCAGAUACAAACUCUGACUACGACUCAGCUGACCCCAAGAGUGAAAGUUGCUAUUUAAUGCAAGAAGAAGAGCUAGAGGCUUUGAAUUGGGAAAUAUCUAUAUUUGAAAAUUUAGUUUAUAAGUUAGCUAAAGAAAUGUAA